AUGGAGUUCACGCUACUCCUGGGACUGUUCGCCCUCCACUCGGUUGCGGUCGACGUUCACGCACUCGGUGGGUACCCCGAACACCAGAUCGCGGAUGAUGGCUUGCUGGAGGAGCCAAUCGAAUAUUUGCCGCGCUCCGCUGCGCGAUUCUACCUCUGCCAGGAGAAUUUCUCGAGAAAUUCGUCCGAGCUCGAGCACAUGGAGCAUUGUCGAGACCAACUCCCGGAGCGGUCACAACAACCGCGGAGUGUUUUAGUGCUCGAGACGAGAAGUGAAUUAUUUGUGAUAAACUUGCACCUCUGUGAGUCAGCGCACACCAGUGGGAGCGGCAUCGAUCUCAAGGCAGAAACGAGGAACAAUAUUGAAUGCUGGCAGGGAUGUGUAAACAAUGCCAAUGAAUCAGAUGCCGUUGUAUUCCGAGUUGACACCGCUCUGCAAUCCGCGAGCGUCCGGUAUCGCGGCCGCGCAUACGUCGUCGAAAAUGGAUCUCUGAACACGGAAGUGAACGUGGAUAAAAUCAUGUACAAACAAAGCGAAAUUAACGAUCUCCUCCGGGAGGGGGGGCAUCGCAGCGAAUCACCAGUACGGGAUCGUCGUGAAGUCCGCGACUCGGCCCACGGUCGCGAAUAUUCGAAGGAAUACUAUCUCGAGGGAGACGGCGCGGAUCAUGCGGACGCGGACGACAGCGGUGGAUUUGUCAGCGACGCAGCAUCGCCGAGACAACGCUGCGUUCUCAAACUGGUUGCCGACCACACCUACUAUCGACGGAUCGGUUUUGGCAACGUUCAGAUGACCAAAAAUCUCAUGAUCCACCAGAUAUUGCGCGUCAACAGCAUCUUGAAGCUGCCCUUCGAUGUCGCCCCAGGCCUCGUGAAGAUCUUCGAAACACCGACCGAGGUGUCUCCAGACGAAGUUCAUUUCAACAUGCCCGAGACGGACAAUGUCACAACAUCGCAGUUGCUCAGCUCGUUCACUGUCAUCGACCGCGCGAGGAAUCACGACAAUCGUGGAUUCUGCCUCGCGUUCCUUUUCACGGCACGAACCCUCGACGGUGGUCGGACCCGUGGAUUGGCGAACAUCGGACACUCGUCGCAGGAGAGCGGAGUCUGUGCGGGCACCCUUCGAAACAACAGCGACGGUUCCGAGUACGUGCUCAACGCUGGGAUCGCGACGUCGAUGUCGCAUGGACGACGGGAAGUCAUAAGAGAUUCCGAUCUCCUGGUCGCCCACGAGUUGGCUCACGGUUUGGGUGCGGAGCACGAUCCCGAUUCAGACGAAUGUAAUCCGCCGGACAAACGCGGAGGACCGUUCCUCAUGAGUGGAUUACCUGUGAGCCGAUACAACAAGAACCACGACCGCCUCUCGAGCUGCAGCUUGCGUCAGAUCCUUACCGUGGUGAAAUUCAAGAGCCGCUGCUUCAGGCUCGCGUCUUCGUGCGGGAACAUGAUUCUCGAUGACGACGAACAGUGUGAUGUCGGCAUGUCCGAGGACGACCCCUGUUGCGACACUCAGUGCCGCUUGCGAGCCGACGCACUCUGCAGCGACACGAACGAUCUCUGCUGUAAGAACUGUCAGCUCAUGCCGGAGGGUUCCGUAUGCAAGCCAGAGUUCGCGAAUGAGUGUCUGCGCGAAUCGAGGUGCUCGGGCGAUUCGGGACGAUGCCCCGUCCAGAAAGCCCUUCCCGAUAACUCGUCGUGCGUGGACAGAGGACAGUGCCGGAACGGCAGAUGCAUCAGCUACUGUGAAGUUUCCGGGCUCUUACCCUGUCUCUGCAGAGGUCGGGAUGCUUGCACACGGUGCUGCAAAAAAUCGAUUGACGACGAAUGCGAGCCGAUCCCACCCUUAGACUAUUUGGCUGACGGAACCGUAUGCUCCGUGGGUGUCUGCAAGGACCGGAAGUGCCGGAAACAAGUUCAGGACGUCAUCGAGAGGAUCAUAGGCAUCGUUUCGGAAUUGAGCCCGUCCUAUAUAAUCCGGGUGAUGCGGAAAUACGGUGUGAGUUUAUUCAUCCUGUUCUCAUCCUCACUCUGGAUACCGGUCGGUAUUUGGCUCUCCAUCCACGACAGACGAUAUGAUAAAGAAGGAAGCACACAAGUUGAUGAGGUCAUCGAAGAGAUCAAGAGAGGGGCUCCUCCAGCUGAUGGAUCCCCGCUCGAUUUCAGCGAUCGAAAAAUCGAGUUCAUCGAUGAGGAUGCAUCGGAGAGUGACACGGAGAAUGAUCGGAGUAAUUGUCGAAUAAUACGCGAGACAGCGGUGUAG